GGGUCAAUAGGAUCCCUUGGAAGAUGCGGCAUCUUCGCAUGCUGCAGCCUUAUAGAGCAGUGUCCGAACGGAAACGGGAGUUGACCUCCGGAGAAUGGACACUCAAGUCGAGCAGGCCAUCGAGCUCGCGUUCGAUCCUCGCACGCAGCAACAGCUCAAGCUCCAGGCGUAUGACUUCCUCAACCAGCUGCGGGAAAACUCAGACGGCUGGCAGGCAUGCUUGUCACUUUUCACGAGGACACCUGCCCCCUCGGAGGUAGUAAGGCUGGUGUGCCUGGAGAUAGUCAACAACGCGGUGCAGACGCAAAGAUUAGACCAGCAGAGCUUGAUCUACAUUCGGGAUAGUCUUAUGGGCUACGUACGAAAGUGGUAUGCUCCAGGCUCAACGAGCGUCGACUCUCCACCCAUACAGAAUAAGUUCACGCAGACGGUCACGUAUCUCUUCACUCUGUUGUACCCUUCACAGUGGCGCAGCUUCUUCGACGACUUCAGAGAGUUGGCAGGGGACGCUUCUGCGCUAGGCGCAACUAAUCCGGCCGGCACUAUUGUCUAUCUGCGAGUCAUCGGCUCCAUACACGACGAGAUAGCCGAUGUAAUGAUCCCACGAACACCAGACGAGCAAAAGCGGUGCAAUGAGCUCAAGGAUAUGAUACGCGUGCGUGAUGUCAGCAAGGUAGCAGUCACGUUGCAAGAGAUUCUAUCGAGAUGGCGGCAAAUCGACCUUAGUAUUACUGAGACGUGUCUACGAACUGUAGCAAAGUGGGUUAGCUGGGUUGAUAUCAAUCUAGUCCUCAACAGUACAGUCCAAAGUGCGCUUCUUGAGCUUGCAGGACAACAAGGCAAUCUCGACUCCGAGAGCAAAGAAGCGAAAGCUCGCGAUGCCGCCAUUGAUACCUUUACUGAGACGGUCGGCAAGAAAAUGCCACCAAACGACAAGAUUGAGCUUAUACGAUAUCUGAACCUUGAAGGCAUUGUAGGACAGCUGCUUGCAAGUCCGGCUCUGUCUCAGUUGCGGAAUACACCCGAGUACGACACUGAUCUUGCAGAGACUGUUGCAAAGCUUGUCAACAACGCCAUGUACGACGUUGUUAAGGUGUUGGACAACGACAGUGUGGAAGGCGACACGCGUGCGAACGCGGAGAAGCUUCUGCACGCUUUUAUGCCUUAUCUCUUACGCCUCUUUUCGGAUGAGUAUGACGAGAUUUGUUCGGCGGUCAUACCAUCCUUGACCGACCUGCUCACAAUGCUGAGACGCCAUGUUAAGACGAAAGGCGUUGUGCCGUCGCAGUAUUCGGGCAUGCUACAACCGAUCUUGGACGCAAUCAUAGCGAAGAUGAAGUAUGACGAAACCGCUACUUGGGGCGAUGAGGAUGAUGUGACGGACGAAGCUGAGUUUCAAGAGCUUCGCAAGCGUCUGCACGUCCUGCAGCAGACCGUUGCAGCCAUCGACGAGCAGCUAUAUGUGGACACGCUCACUCGUGUUGUUGCAAGCAUCUUUUCUCGCCUAGACUCCACAGACAAGCCAAAUUGGCGCGACCUUGACCUUGCCAUGCACGAGAUGUACCUUUUCGGUGAGCUCGCCAUCAGGAAUGGCGGCAUGUGGGCGAAGAGCGCACCAUCUUCUAUUGCUUCUCAGCGGCUCAUUGAGAUGAUGUCGAAGAUUGUGGAGGCAGAUCUUGCAACGUAUCCGCAUCCGGCUGUGCAGCUGCAAUACAUGGAGAUCUCCGUCCGAUACGUGCAGUUCUUUGAGCAGAAUCCGUCAAGUAUUGAGAAAGUACUCGAGAGCUUCGUACGCUUUGUGCAUAGCGAUCACAGCAAGGUCAGGCUGCGGUCGUGGUACCUGUUCCAGCGCUUCGUACGACAUCUACGGACACAGCUCGGGAACAUCGCGCAGACUGUCGUGCAAGCUAUUGCCGACCUACUUACGGUUAAAGCGGAGCUGCCUGAAGACAGAGACGACGAAGACAUAUCUUCAGAAGACGGUGGCCAAUCUGCGGAUGCCGUGUUCAACAGCCAACUCUUCCUUUUCGAGGCUGUUGGCACGGUCGCUUCACCUUCAGCCGUGCCAUUGGAGACGAAGGUGGCGAUCGUGAAGUCCGUCAUAGAUCCUCUGGCCGACAGUCUUCGUGGACACUUGCAGCCGGCAAGAGCCGGUGACGCGCGAGCAGUGCUCCAGAUCCAUCAUGUCAUUAUGGCUUUCGGCAGUAUCGCUUACGGCUUUUCUGAUUGGAUGCCAGGCGUAAAGGGCGGUGGACCUCCUCCAGCACAGGUUUCUGCAGAGUUCAUGAUUGCGAGCGAAGCCAGUCUCACCGCGCUUAACGCGCUAAAGCAGUCCUCAGAUGUGCGCAAUGCCGCGCGUAACGCUUUCUCUAGGUAUCUCGGCGUGCUCGGCGCACAGAUACUCGUACAACUGCCACGAUGGAUCGAUGGGCUAUUAUCCUCAGCAUCUUCGAAUGAUGAGAUGGCAAUGUUCCUCCGCACCCUUGGACAAGUUGUGUAUGGCUUCAAGAGCGAGAUAUCCGACAUCCUCGACCAACUUUUGUCGCCGUUACUGCAGCAAGUCUUCACUGGCUUGUCUCAGCCCACGACUGGUACGGACGACGAAGUACAGUUGAAGGAGCUCAAGCAGCAGUACCUCAACUUUGUCCUCGUCAUUCUCAACAACGACCUUGCUGCGGUGCUUGUCAGUCCAGCAAAUCAGGCGACCUUUGACGCAUUUCUUAGUACUCUUACGCGCUAUUCUUGCGAUCCAGCAGAUCCACAGUCCGCUCGUCUCGCCUUCUCUGCUUUGGGCAGGAUGGUCGCGAUCUGGGGCGGGCCUGACAUCGCUCUCGGCAGCACCGAAGCACCUUCGCCUGCUCUGCCAGGCUUUGACAGCUUCAUCAUGUCGCAAUUUGCCCCGCUGCCGUGGACAUUACUUGCAACACCAGGCUUCACGGCACAUGAUGCGCAGAUGCGGAGCGUAUUGCAGGAAGCUGCUGUGUUGCAAUGGACCAUUUCGCGGAAGGUCGGCACCGCGUACAGAGAGCAGCUACAACGUGAACUGAGGAACCUGGGCGCUGGGGAAGAAAGCAUUCAGUCGUACAUGACGAACAUUAGCGGGGACGUGAUAGGCUUCCGGAAAUUCUUCGCUGCCUUCGUUCAGCAAGCCAAGCGAUAGCGUCAGCAUCAAAAUUACUGCGAGCGAUGGCAUGUAUGACCCUGACGAUGUAGAUACCAUGAAUUUCGAGCCUGCAAAAUGCAGAAAACUCGAGUGGAAAAAGGGUCGUUCAGCAA